AUGUGUGACCCUCUAAGGCACAGCGCCUGGAUAAACCUUCCGCCAAUGCUGCAGCAAAGACAGCAGCUUGCUGCUGUCGCUGUAGGGAAUAUGCUGGUGGCGCUGGGCGGCCGCGACAGCACUGGCAACAAAGGCCUCGUGCUGAAGACUUGCGAGCGUCUUUUGCUGCCUCUUUCUUCGGAAGCCCCUGCUGCAGCAGCAGCAGCUGCUGCUGCUGCCAGUGCAGCAGCAGCAGCAGCAGCAGCAGAGCCUGCGGCCGGUGCCCCUGCAGCAAGUGCUGCAGAGGGAGCAGCAGCGACGCCGCCAAGUCCGGACACGCCCGCAGCAGCAGCAGCAGCAGCAGCAGCAGCAGCAGCAGCAGCAGACACUGCAGCAGCAGCCCGGCCCAACAGCUCCUCCCCGACCCCCUCCCCAGCAGCAGCAGCAGCAGCAGCAGGGCCAGAGGCCUCUGAGGCAGCAGCAGCAGCAGCAGCAGCAGCAGCAGCAGCAGGAAGCCUCAGGGAGAGCCCGCGCUGCAUGCGCCAGGGGGCCCCCGGGGGGCCCCCCAGUACCCCCCGCAGCAGCAGCCGCCCCACUUUAAAGGGUUUAAUUGGGCCUUGGCUGCUGCUGCCUCCAAUGAGACAAGCAAGAUGCAGAUUUGCUGCUCUCCACUUCAGGGGGAAGCUCUUCUGCGUUGGCGGUUUGGGGGGCGUGAAAGCAGUAACAUCAGUGGAGGUUUUUGACGUGGCGAACAACGUCUGGAUUGAGGGGCCUCCCUUGAACGUGCCCCGCAUAGAUGCUUCGCUGCUGCUGUGGGGUGCUGCUGCUGCUGCUGCUGGGGGCCCCCUGCUGCUGGCUGUGGGGGGCCGCAGCGCCGUAGAAGAGAUCCAGGGGGCCCCCCUGAGGUCUGCUGAGGCCCUCGACUUGGCAGCUUUUUUCGAGUCUUCUUUUGGCGAAAAGCUGCAGCCGCUGCAGCAGCAGCAGCAGCAGCAGCAGCAGCAGCAGCAGGGAGGAGGCCCGCAGGACAGCUGCGAGCAGCAGCAGCAGCAGCAGCAGCAGCAGCAGGAGACGCAACACGGUCUGCUGCCCCUGCAGCAGCAGCAACAGACAACAGACGAGCAGCACAACCAGCAGCAGCAGCAGCAACAGCAGCAGCAGCAGCAGCAGCAGCAGCAGCAGCAGCAGCAGCAGCAGCAGCAGGUGCAGUGGGUGCUGUAUGAGGAGUCGGGGCUUGGCGGAGUGUCCCUCGGGGGCUGCGUUGUGGACUGUCCCUCUUGGACUGUAUGCGCAAAGUCACUUGCUGCUGCUGCUGCUGCUGCUGCUGCUGCUGCUGCUGCUGUUCCUGCUGCUGCUGCUCGUUCUUGCUGUUGCUGCUGCUGCUGA